AUGGAAGUCGCAGCUUAAACGCAGAAGUUCCCUCUCCGAUCAAUAAAUGGGAAUAUUAUCACCUUUUCUUCCUUCACUUCCAUGGCUUCUUCUCGCUCUCCAGAUUUUCUCAUUAGCUUUAGCAGCUGAUAGAUCACUCUACAUCGUGCACAUGGACAAGUCCGCCAUGCCUAGAGCUUUCUCCACUCACCACCACUGGUACUCAUCCGCCAUUGAUUCCGUCAAGCUUGGGCCACACCCUCCAAAGCUCGUCUACUCUUACGACAAUGUUCUUCACGGUUUUAGCGCCGUCUUGUCGGAAGAAGAACUCGAAGCCUUGAAAAUGUCUCCCGGGUUUGUUUCGGCCUAUAAGGACCACCCUUUUGAGCUUCACACAACUUAUACCUCUGAUUUCCUUAAACUCAACCCAGCUACGGGGCUAUGGCCGGCGUCGAAAUUCGGCGAGGAUGUGAUCAUCGGCGUGAUUGAUUCCGGGGUCUGGCCGGAAUCUAGGAGCUUCAGUGACCACGGGAUGCCGGAGAUUCCCAAGAGAUGGAGAGGGCGUUGCCGGGAAGGAACAGAGUUCAAUUCCUCGCUGUGCAAUAGAAAGCUGAUCGGCGCCGAUUAUUUCAAAGCCGGACUUCUCGCGCAGAACCCGGAGUAUAACAUAUCCAUAUCCAUGAACUCCGCCAGGGACACCAACGGCCACGGCUCGCACACGGCGUCAACCGCCGCCGGGAACUACGCCGAGGGGGUUUCGUUCUUCGGGUACGCCGCCGGGACGGCCAAAGGAGUGGCCCCACGAGCUCGCCUGGCGGUGUACAAGGCCACCUGGAGCGAGGGCAGCUCCACCGCCGAUCUAAUCGCCGCCAUGGACCAGGCCGUGGCGGACGGCGUCGACGUCAUAUCCAUCUCCAUCGGCUACCGUUUCAUCCCUCUCUACGAAGACUCAAUCGCCAUUGCCGCAUUCGGCGCCAUGAUGAAGGGCGUCCUCGUCUCCGCCUCGGCCGGAAACCGUGGCCCGAACUAUGGCGGCGUAAACAACGCCGUGCCGUGGAUCUUGACGGUGGCGUCUGGGUUAACAGACCGGUGGUUCGCCGGAACUUUAACAUUGGGAAAUGGGAUAAGAAUCCGGGGAUGGACUACGUUUCCGGGGAGAGCCCUCGUGAGAGACGUAUUUCUGCUUUACAACAAAACCAUUUCAGUCUGCAACUCAUCUGAACUAGUAGCUCAAGUCCCUGAUCCAGGAUCAACCAUUCUCAUCUGCCAGAAAUCAGAGGAAGCAGAUUUCUCCACCCAGAUGGGCUACGUCACGGAGGCUAGGCUCCUUGCUGCAAUCUUCAUCAAUGACGAUCCAGCUAUUUUCAGAUUUGUGGAUUUUCCUAACCCAGGAGUUGUCAUUAGCCCCAAAGAAGGGAAGCAAGUGAUCAGGUAUGCCAAAAAAGGAAGCGACCCGCGAGCCACCAUUACAUUCCAGGAGACAUAUUUCGGGAACAAGCCAGCCCCGACCGUUUCCGCGUCCUCUUCCAGAGGCCCUUCUCCAAGCUACCCCGGAAUUUCCAAGCCGGAUAUAAUGGCGCCGGGGGUGUUAGUACUAGCAGCCUACCCACCAACAGGGGUCGCAUCAACCAUCGGGACAAACAUACAAUUAUCCAGCGAUUACCUUCUGGAGUCGGGCACAUCCAUGGCGUGUCCUCACGCCGCCGGAAUCGCCGCCAUGCUCAAAGGUGCGCACCCUGGAUGGAGCCCGUCGGCUAUCCGGUCCGCCAUGAUGACCACCGCGAUCACCAUAGAUAACACCGGGAAGCCUAUCAAGAAAUCAUACGAGGACUCCGCCGCCACCCCCUUGGACAUGGGGGCGGGGCUCGUCGACCCAAACCGCGCUCUUGAUCCAGGCCUAAUUUACGAUGCCACGCCACAAGACUAUAUCAAUCUCCUAUGCUCCCUGAACUUCACCGAAGCUCAAUUCCGGAGCAUUGCUCGAGGUUCGACCAGGCGUAAUUGCUCCAGACCAAACUCAGACUUGAACUACCCAUCUUUUAUCGCCUUAUAUUCCAUUGAAUCCCAAGAAUUCAAUUGGUUGGAGCAGACAUUCAAGAGGACCGUCACGAAUGUCGGCCUAGGUGCGGCUAAGUACAAGGUUAAGCUGGAAGUGCCCAAGAAGUCAACAAUAUCUGUUUCUCCUAGGACGCUGACGUUCGGGAAGAAAAACGAGAAGCUGAGCUAUACGUUGAAAAUACGUUACAGAGGCGACGUGGAUCAGAGCAUAAACAUGGGUUCGGUUACUUGGGUCGAAGUGGACGGUUAUCACAGGGUUAGGAGUCCUAUUGUAGUAGCAACCUCACCGGAGGUCUGGUCAUGAAAUUCUAGUACCCAACUUACACAACUA